AUGCGGACUGACGGCGGCUCUUCCGACGACUCGCAACAAGAUCGCGGCGUCUCGGCAAUGCAGCCUCUAGAAUUCACAAAUGGCCAUGACAACCAGGACAAGCUCAUCCGCGCCGAGCUACAACGUCUCCUCUUCCGCAUGACUGCGCUAGAAGACGCAAUGAGCGACUUUGGCGUGUAUGUCGUUACUCAGAAUAUACAGAACAGGCCUCUGAAAGUGUGGCCAAAGUACGAAAACUACCUUGACCUUGCUGCUGCGUCCGAGGGGCUCAAGGACACUGUCCAAGGCAUGGAGGCGCUCAUCCAACGUGUAAGUACGCAAUACAAUACAGGCAACCGCAAUUUGCUAUCUCCCGACAACACGGUAAUCCCACAGGACGUGCAAGAAUCACGAUUGACCAUAUACGCGUUUAUGUCAACAUGGCAGAAAUGA